AGCAAAAGUUAAGGAUAUUUGAGGUGGCGAAAAAUCGACACCUUUGGUAUUUGUGUGUAAAAUCAUCUCCAGCGUGCAUUCGAUGGCAUCUGCAUUCUAGGGUCAUAAAUAGCACUGAAGGCUUGAUGGUGACUUAAGAUUCACCCUGGCACCAGCAACUGAACAUCUGUGCUGCUGGUAAUAUUAGUGAUGGCCAAACCCAAGGAGAAGAUUGGACAGCUAAGUACAGCCUUUCUGGAAAAAUGUGACAAAGUGAAGGACAGGUUGAGGAAAAAGGUGGCCAAGCAAUUGCGUGCAGACAUAGAGAGGAUGUUACAGGAAGAAAUUCAUCCAGACCUGGAGUUUCACCUAAAGGGAGGUAACUCAGUGGGCCACAAACUAAUACUGAAGUCAAGGGCGCGAAACUUGUGGGACAGAUUGUGUGAAGUGUCUGGCUCUGACUGCGUCUUGUUCUCGCUCCAGUCUCUCCACAAAUCCAUCUUUGACAGCUACCUUUUACAGGUAUAUGGCUCAGAAAAUGCUGAUAUAGCCUCUGCGGAACUCGUACAUGCUAUAGAAGACAGGGUGAACCCUCAGUUUCCGUCCAGCCUAGUUGGAAGCCAUACAUCAGAUGACAUGUUUGCAUCUGGUGGUGCAGAGUCAAAUGCUGACAAAUUACCGCGGGCCGACAGAAUCUCUGUGGAUUCACUAGAGACAGACUCAGAGAGAGUCCUGGGUGUACCUCUACCCCCAUCUCCUUCUGAUACAGGUGCCAAGGGAGGCCACUCUGUGUUGACCUGUGAACAAGCGAAUGGUGAAUUACCUGGGAGAGUAGAAUCUGGUAACAUUAGGGACUUCACAGAUACAGGGGAAUCCCAUAGAGAGGCAUUUGAGUUGUUUCAUGGGGCAUACAGUUUGGACAUGAUUCCCUCAACACAUUUUGCUGCAGGCCAUGACAUGUUAGCAGCAGAUCCCUCCUCAUUGUUUGUUCUUCCCAAUGGCCAAGAGAUCAACAACAAUGAUGCUAAUAAUAAUGGCUUGGAUGCGAACCAACUGGUGGGAAAUCAGAAUCUGGCGUCUCCCAGAGUGGUGAAUCUGCAACCGCAGGUUGUCGACCUGGUAUCGCACACAGUUCCUGCACAACUGUCCACAGCUGCUUCUCUCCCCGAUGUGCAAUCACAGGACACCAGCCGGGUUCACGGUGCAGGAGCGCAUGCGGCAUUACCUGACCUAAUAAAAACAUCAUGGUGUACUAUCUUGCCUCACCAGACAUGCUCAAGGCUUGGGGAUGACUUACUGAGAGUGUACCUACAGGAGAUAGACUGUGACUGUACCAUUUCUGUGGACAGUCAAGAUUUCAAGUGCCACAGGUGUGUCCUGGCUGCUAGGUCCAGUUACUUCACAGCCAUGUUAGGAGGCGCCUGGUUGGAGAGUGACGCUGACAAGAUACUCCUGGAGGGAGUGAGCCCGGCGGCAGUGGAGCAGGCCUUACUGUACAUCUACGGGGGUGUAGUGGAGCUGACAGACACAUGCAGCGUGACAGAACUGAUUCUCCUGUCUGAUAUGUAUGGCUUAGAGGGCCUCCGCGACGUCAUCUCCCUCACCCUGCGAAUCACCAAGUGUCACUUCUUUCACAAGCCAUGCGCUGGCUGCAUCAUAGGCACAGUGGAGGCUCUAAGCAUUGCUGAAUCCUACAGGCUGGAAGAACUGGAAGAACGCUGUAUUAAAUGGAUCAACAGGAACCUAACCAAGGUCUGGCCCACCAAGGGAUUUGCCCUGCUACCAGAAGCCACAUUACAGAAAUGUUGCCAGUCAGCUGUACAGGACUUGACACCAGGAACAGUAUUAGAUGUUAUUAUGGAAUGCGACAAGUUGAGCACCUCACUUCCCCGCCUAAAAUGGACUGAACCGGUGCUGUCACUAAUCACCCACUUGAUGGACUCAGCUAUGGAAUAUACCAGUCAGAAUUUUACAGAUGUGAUAGACAAUGAGAGAUUUAUUGCCUUGGGAAAGAGCAUGGCUUGGAGUAUGACAUUACUAGACACGAUCUUUAGCUCUGUCAUCAAGUCUCUGCCUGUGGAGCACAUUUGUAAGACCUACCUGUGCAUCCACGUACUGACAGAGAGAGCCAAGGACUCUGAUUGCAGCUGGACUGAGGAUUUCCAAAACUUCCUUGUCUCUCUGUUGAAAAAAUGUGAAGGUUACAUCAAGUUGUAUGUGCAUCAGGUUGUACAUACUGCUGACUGGGACCUGCUCUCCAAAGACCUUCAGCAGAACCUCCUGGAAGCGGCAUCCUACGUAUGUAUUGAUACCAACAGGGGACGCGUGCCACCAAAGCUGUCCAGUAUGAAUAAGAGGUCACGACAACCUGCUGUCCCUAGAACUGGCAAUGCCUCCAAACCUUCAAGCUCAACAAAAAGUAAGCCACCCGUGACAGAUUCAUCAAAGCUUGAGAAAAGUCUGAGCAAUGCCAGUCUACAGAAACAGUUCCAAAAGCGUCUGGCUAGUGAGCGUGCUCAACGAGUGGAGAGAGCAGGUGCUUCUGGCGGAGGCAUAAUGGGAAGCGGGAAUGUGAUGGGAAACGGGAGCGUGUUGGGAAAUGGGAGAGGUUUUAAAACCUACCCUAAAUCUGCCGCAGGCCGAACCAGACUGAAAGCCCCUGCCAGUUAUAAGACAGUGUCAGAGAGUAGUAAAGCACGAGAAUCCUCACAGACGCAGGUCGGAAGACCAGACAAUUCCAGACCUAGGAGCUCAUCUUUGAUUAACCCUGAGACUUCAGAACCUGGGCCCAGUCUGGUGUGUGCACCCAGGAGCAGAACUGACCAGGCCUGCGUAUCACAACUCGCCGAUCCCUCCCUACCCGCAAGGCGCCGCCGCCGCGGGUCCACAGGGGACAUUCCUGCUGUGCUGGUGGAGGUCAGUCGGUCCCGCAGUGAGGAAUUCCACCUGACCAACAGGGGGGACAACUCUGUAAUGCAACUUGUGCCAAUCUUUGAUACCAAGUUUUCACUUCCAAAUCAAAUACCACCAUCAAACACAGAGGAGUUUUAAGUGUAACAAGUUUGAAUCUGUUGUUGCAGUUUGAAAAUAUGUACAUUUUUAUCAUUUCCUGUUUAAGUAGAAUUGGAAAUUUAAUCCAAGGUUUGAGAAUAGUUGUAUCAGUAUUUCAUGCAUGGGCGAACAUCAACAAAAUUAUGUCAGAAGCGAAAGGACAAGGUAUCUGGAUAAAAUGGAGACAUUAAUAGUAUACUUUUAUUAAUCCAUGUGUUGAGGAUUAAGUGUUUUACUGGUGUGUCAAUGUGUUCAACAGGCCUUGACAUGAAAUUAAUGAUUAAUAAUUUCUUUAAUAGUACUUUAUAUGAUCUAAUACACAAUAACUCGAAAGGGUUUAGCUUUGCAUCAUACAAGUAUACAUUUCUUCAGUGCCAUAUAAAGAAUGCUUCAGAUCCACAGUUUUUCUAUUUGGUUCAGAUAUGCUUUUCAAAGGCAAGAUUUGGAAUCUGGGAAUGGCUUCCACUCGGGCACUUUACCUUUAUAACUUUAUUGCCAUGGUAUUUAGCCAUUUUCAAUCAUGGCAUUGAACUAUUUUUUUCGUGCAGGGAUGUUUGUUUGCGAACCACCAUAAUUUCUCCUCCCAAAACUGUGCAAGUUGGCCUAUAUGAUUGAAGAUUGAUUUAUUUUUUUAUUGAUUUGGUGUUUAUGCCGUACUCAAGAAUAUUUCAUUUAUCCGACGGUGGCCAGCAUUAUGGUGGGUGGAAACCGGCCAGAGCCAGGGGGAAACCCACGACCAUCCGUAGGUUGCUGGAAGACCUUCCCACAUACGGCCAGAGAGGAAGCCAGCAUGAGCUGAGCUUGAACUCACGGCGGCCACAUUGGUGAGAGGCUCCUGGGUCAUUAGGCUGCGCUAGUGCGCUAACCAACGGAGCCACGGAGGCCUCAAUUGAAGAUUGAAAUAAGAACUCAAAUUUUUCGCUGAAAAUAUUGAUCGGGCGAAUUGUCAUGACACCAAGUUGUAGAAUUAAGUAAUUGUCAAGAGCAUCUAAUGAGCAUUCAACCUUGAGUAACUUUCACUUUAGAUUGACGCAUGAAGAGUCUUUUGACUUUUUAUGUUUCCUUAUAAAUUGUCUUUUCCUUUUUUUCAGCAAUCUCAUUUUCACAUGAAGUCUCUGUUGACUUUUUAUGUUUCCUCAUCAAAUGUCUUCUGCUUUGUUUGUCUAUCAGCAGCCUCUUUGACUCCUAGCAGAAGAUGAUAUACUUGUACAUGUAUUAGAACAAGUUUGUUCUUUGGUAGAAUUUUUGACAUUCAUGUACAUUCAUGAAGAAGAAGUUGGCACCUGUGAAUUUUGUCAGCUUCUGGCAUGUCAGGGCUUGGGGACCAGCAGUGAAUUGUUUCAUGUUAUAUCAGCCCCUUUUAAUCUACAUAAAUGCUCAGAUACUUUAUCGUUAGUAUAAAGAGUUCUUUAUAUGGGUAGAUUUGUUAUCUGUCUUCAUUAGUUUUACUGAUACAUAUUUAUGAAAGGAAAGUAUCUGUACAGUGUAUAUACGUGAAUGUGUAGCUGUAUAUCUGUGUAUUACAUUAAUCUUGUGUAGUUGUACAUGUAUGUGCCCACUUGUAAACUUAAUGUUGUGUGAUGUAAAGAGAUUCUUGUUUCGAUGCUCGUUGUCAUGGUUGUAAACUUAAUGGUUGUGUGAUGUGAUUAUGUUCUUGUAUAGACUCGUGUUGUCAUGGUUGUAAACUUAAUGUUGUGUGAUGUGAUUAUGUUCUUGCAUAGAUUCUUGUUGUAAUGGUUGUAAACUUAAUGUUGUGUGAUGUGAUUAUGUUCUUGUAUAGACUUGUGUUGUCAUGGUUGUAAACUUAAUGUUGUGUGAUGUGAUUAUGUUCUUGCAUAGAUUCUUGUUGUAAUGGUUGUAAACUUAAUGUUGUGUGAUGUGAUUGUGUUCUUGUAUAGACUCUUGUUGUCGUGGUUGUAAACUUAAUGUUGUGUGAUGUGAUUAUGUUCUUGUAUAGACUCUUGUUGUCAUGGUUGUAAACUUAAUGUUGUGUGAUAUGAUGUUCUUGUGUAGAUCCCAGCUGUCAUCCAUGUUUACUGUUUUUUAUACAGAAGGUAUAGAUUAGCGCGACCAGGCUAUUCAUGCUUGGUGAAGUACAUGUACAUGAACUUGUUGUGAUUUUGUAAUUUAAUUGUUUGUACUGCUGCAAGCUUAUAGAUUUAUGUUAAAAAUCUCUCAUCAGCAAGCCCACUUUUCAGGAUACCCUUAUUAAUAACGUCACAAGCAUGUAAAGCUUGGUAUCCACGAGGGCUUAAGCAGCGAAUCGACAUAACAUGUCUGUCAGGCUGUUGCGUCGGCGACUCACCUCUCUUGCAUGAUAAAUAACGAUGCGACCCAACUGGAGUCGUAAUCCAGUUGUUUCGUACAUCUUGGCUCAGUCCAAAGUCAUCAGCGACUUUGACUAACUGCGAACAACCAGUUCAUUUGGGUUGAUAAACACUCGUGUACCAUGGCCACGUAAUGCCUACCUUGCUGGUUGUCAUGGUAGUUACUUGCAUGUAAUGCUGUGUCAGCUGGCAAUGGGCCUCGUACCAAUUAUUCACCGCAAGACUUGAGUCAUAAAUUGCAAGCGCUUAAGAAGCCAAACUCAGAACGGGAAGGAACUCAAACGCUUGUUGAAGAUGGAGUGCAAAUUCUACAAAUCUUUACAAAUCUUAGAGCAAAGCAUUUUAAUUGUAGCUGUUUUUGACUUACGGUGCAAGUUUUAAGAGGUUUGAUGAAUAUGGACCUUGCUCCCUAAACCAUGGUUUACAGACAAUUCCACGAACCUUUUAUGUCAAAUAUAAAAGUAGAAUGCCUUUUAGAGGACAGACUUAGUUAACAGCUAAAAUUACAAAUUCAGGGACUGUAGGCAAAGGGACAAUGCUCUUCAGUGGUGGCAAACGUUUAAAAAAUUUCUGAAUCCAAGUCCCCAUCCGAAUCACUACAACCCCAAUAUGAUGAACCACUCUUAAAGUCCGGACACAAGCUGUGCAGAAAAUUUCGUCCGAAUUCCUGUAUAACUUGUAUCUGUAGGGUAAAGUUACUGACAGACAGUAUUGACAAAAACAUAACCGUCUUUGGGGAGGUAAUUACAGUAAAACAAAAUAAAAACACUGUCAGCAAAAGACAAUGAGAUGAUCAAAUAUAAAUUUGGUCCGUUGUAUCAAAGUACCGGCACUUAUCUGUCAUCCAUUGCCAAAUGAACUACCAAAUUUAACUUUUGCUGAAUCUGAGGAAUAUGAACAGGCGCUGUUCGUCUGAUAUACAGAGUUUUGGUAGUUAUUAACUGAUUUUGUCUGUGGUGUACAUCUGUACUUGUAUGAUAAAGUUUUAGAUGGAAUUUUUUUAUAUCCAAUAUGAUAAUUUAUUGUGAUAAAAAAUUUUUUACCAUACAAGAGUUUUUUUUUUAUUUGAAUUAGUCUCUGGUUCAGUAUUUUCACGAAGCUGUGAUAGUUUGUAGUCUGUCUGAAUCUUAACGGUAUGUACUGUCUCAAAUUCCUUGAAUUUUCAGAUUUUAUAUGUUGAAUCAUGUGUUUGUUUUUCAUUGAUUGGUAAUUCUUUAAUUCUCAAAAAAAUUGUACCAUUUGUCUCACCAAUUUAUAGUUUAAUCUGCAGUGUCAAAGAAAAUAAUGUAUAUAUACAUGUAUAUACCGCGAAGUUACAUGUUUCAAAUGUACACUAGUCAAAAUAAAAUAUGUACCAUCUCAGUAGAACUAUAUGUAGGUAGUUUAUAUGAACUGUUAUUGUAAUGGCUCAGUGCAUGUAUUAUUUCAUCAUAUAACCCUUCAUAAACUAAUUUUUCUCACAAAUAACGUCACAUUCUUCGUUUAUGAAAAACGGUUAGUAGCGAACCGGACCUACGAAGUUUCUGUUUGCAGGCUUGGUUACAUUCAG